CCCGGAAGCCUAGAGAAUGACGUCAAGCGGAGGCAGCGGAAACAGAGAAGUUUGAAUUGUGAAGGACUCAGACUGUCACCAUCAGUAAAAGGACAUCAUCAGGUUUCUCCUGGAGCAGAGUUCAGAAGACUGCUGUACGUGUGGACUGUGGAUCUGAGCUGAUCUGUGGUCAGAAUGCCUCUGCUGUUUCUGGAGCGUUUCCCCUGGCCUAGUUUGCAGACAUACACGGCCCUGUCAGCCCUCCUGCUGGCCGGGACCGUCCUGAGUGCCUAUAGCACCGUCAGAGACUCAGAGUUCAGCUCUGCCCUCAGUGAAGGGCCCCAGAAUGAGGAGCUGAAGCUGGAGAAUCUGGGAAAUGUGGCCACCGGCGUCCUGCUGCACCUCAUCACUGACAGCCUGUUUGUUUGGGUGAUGGUGAACACCGCCUGCUGCAUCCUGAUGUUGAUAGGAAAAGUGAUUCAGUGCAUUGUGUUCGGGCCGCUGAGAGUCAGUGAGAAACAGCAUCUGAAGGAUAAGUUCUGGAACUUCAUCUUCUACAAGUUCAUCUUCAUCUUCGGUGUGCUGAACGUGCAGCGGGUGGAGGAGGUGGUGCUGUGGUGUCUGUGGUUCUCCAUGCUCAUCUUCCUUCAUCUGAUGGUGCAGCUCUGCAAAGACCGCUUCGAAUAUCUCUCGUUUUCUCCCACGACGCCGAUGAGCAGUCAUGUGCGAGUCCUGGCUCUGCUGGUGUCUGUACUGUCGUGUUGUGGUGGUUUAGCCGUGCUCUGCGCUCUCGCCGGUCAUAUUCACGGCAUGCACACUGUCGCUUUCAUGGCAGCCGAGUGUUUGCUAGUGACGGUGCGCACAGGACACGUCAUCAUACGGUAUUCAAUUCACCUGUGGGAUCUGAACCAUGAGGGAACCUGGGAGAACAAGAGCUCAUAUAUUUACUACACAGACUUCAUCAUGGAGUUGGCAAUCCUCUCUCUGGACUUGAUGCAUCACAUACAUAUGCUGCUCUUUGGAAACAUCUGGUUGUCCAUGGCCAGCCUGGUGAUCUUCAUGCAGCUGCGGCAUCUCUUCCACGAGGUGCAGAGACGAAUCCGCAGACAUAAAAACUACCUGCGUGUCAUCGACAACAUGGAGUCCAGAUUUGCUGUGGCGACGCCGGAGGAGCUAGCCGCUAAUAACGAUGACUGCGCCAUCUGCUGGGACUCCAUGACCACAGCACGCAAACUACCCUGCGGACACCUUUUCCACAAUUCCUGUCUGCGCUCAUGGCUGGAGCAGGACACUUCCUGUCCCACCUGCCGAAUGUCACUGAACAUCCAUGAAGGCAGGCGGGAGCGGGAGGAGGGUCAGAGGGAGCCGCUGGAGGACAAUAUGGCUGCUGCUGGAGCAGCAGAUGCCCGGGCACACAUCAACCAGCACAACCACUUCUUCCACUUCGAUGGUUCUCGUAUCGCCAGCUGGCUGCCCAGUUUCUCAGUGGAGGUCAUGCACACCACCAACAUCCUGGGCAUCGCUCAGGCCAACAACUCUCAGCUCAACGGCAUGGCCCAUCAGAUCCAGGAGAUGUUCCCGCAGGUGCCGUAUCAUCUGAUCCUGCAGGACCUUCAGCUCACACGCUCUGUGGAGGUCACCACCGAUAACAUCCUGGAGGGCCGGAUUCAGGUGCCGUUCCCCACACAGUCCACAGAUCGCACACCCAUACAGAUGAACGCGGCUUCUGAAGAUGGAGCCGGAGCCAGCAGCGGUUCAGAGGUCGCGGCUCCAGAGGCUGAAGACUUUGAGGUGCGCGGGAGCCGCUUUUCCAAAUCGGCAGAUGAGAGACAGAGGAUGCUAAUGCAGAGGAAAGAGGAGCUGCUCCUAAGAGCUCGCAGACGUUAUCUGCACAAAAAACCUGAAGAUGGAGAUGCAUAUUCUGUUCUUGGCGCUGACAAUGAUGACUCUGUGCCCUCCAUUGAGGAUGAAGACUCUGAUUCAGUGACCCUGCGGCGCAGACGACUGGCAGCCGCCGCUGAGAGACGCAUACUGAGGCAGGAGCCUUCCCCAUUCUGAGCCCAGCGAAGACACGCAUGAAUCGACGGUGAUGCCGAAUUUUGGAUUGAUGCAACUAUCUAUGUACCCAUCCAACAUUACUAUUACCACAUGCUGUCAUUGGCACACCAGUGAAUUACAGUUCAAUUUCAGCAAGCGUCAUGCUAAACGAACAGCACUUGCAUUAUUGGUUCAUGCAUCUGCUAUAAAUCGUGUACGUAAAUAAGAGCAUGGAUAGCAGCUCAUACACAAAAAUGGGAGGUGUUUUUAUUUUGUCUAUUUUUUGAAUGCUGCAUUUCUUAAACGUCUUUGAUUGAAUUUUAACAAAGUGGCGUUGCAUACUAACAGUUGGACUCUGAGUCUGGAGCUUAAGCAGCAAGCAGCAUGCUGGGGUUUUAAUUUUACGUUUUUUCUUCAACCUUCUGUGGUUUAGCAGUGUUUGAAACAACCUCUAAGUCGAUUUUCUUGGCUUGCGUUGAGUCUUAUAUGCUUACAACGCCCUCUUGGCACUUUAGAGCUGCAGAAGACAAUGGCGUAGAUUCUAGAGCAGUGUUUCUCAACCACGUUCCUGGAGGACCACCAGCACUGCAUGCUUUCCGUGUCUUCUUAACCAAACACACCUCAUUCAGAUCAUCAGCUCAUUAGCAGAGCCUGAAAGAGCUGGAAUAGGUGUGACAAACAUAGGAGACAUCCAAAACGUGCAGUGCUGGUGCUCCUCCAGGAUUUUGGUCGAGAAACACUACUCUAGGGCAGUGUUUCUCAACCACGUUCCUGUGGAGCCACCAGCCUUGCACAUUUUCUAUGUCUCCUUAACCAUACACACCUGAUUCAGAUCAUAAGCUCAUUAGUAGCUCAUUAGUAAACAUGCUGUUCUGGUGCUCCUCUAGAAAUGUGGUUGAGAAACACUGUCCCAGGGCAGUGUUUCUCAACCAUGUUCCUGGUGAACCACCAGCACUGCAUGCUCUCUUCUUAACCAAACACACCUGAUUCGCAUCAUCAGAACAUUUCCAGAGACUGAAAGACGUGUGAUGGUUGUGACAGACAAAGGAGACAUCCAAAACAUGCAGUGCUGGUUGUCCUCCAGGAAGGUGGUUGAGAAACACUGCUCUAGAGUGUGUCAUCACAUUUUUGUGAUGACGAACGAAUUCUUUCAUGCAUUGGUUUAGUCACAUGGUCUUGUUUCUCUCGCCGUAGUGUCGUCUUUCGAAACAGACGCGCUUUAUACUGAAUUCAUCUCGCAUUCUGAGUUUGCUUUGGUGUUUAUGUGUGAGAGUAAUAAAUGAGGGGUGCCCCAAGGCUUUGUUUUAGGUCCGGUUAGAUUUUAGUAUGACACUGUGAUUUCCGUUUUGUGCAGUACUGGAGAUUCUGAAAUAAGCAUGUGUACUUUAAUUAGGGGAGAUGCUAUAUUUAGCUUGUUUUCACAUUAAAUCUACCCUGACUAAAGUGCAUUCGUUUGGGUUUCUCAAACAAGACGCAAACAAUUAUGGUGUAUUUUGUUGAUGCCGUUACAUUUGAACACCUUUUUUUAUGUACUAAUGCCUAUAAAUGCUUGUGUUUUUACUGGCCGAUUGGCAUUGAUGAUGGAUGUUCAUGGGAUCAUUUGAUAUGGACAAUUGAGAGCAAGCUUUUUGCAAUGUUUGCCUUCUGUUUAUUAACCGUAAACCCAAACUCUCUCCUCAUUAAAUUCACUAUUUACUGGCCGUAAAGCCUAUUCGUCAACCUCAAGAAAAGAAAAAAGUACGUCUUCAGAAUCAUCUCUGAUGUUUUACACUGUGAAUCUUCUACUCUGUCAUGAUUUUAUUGGACUUUACUUGUCACGUGGACGUCCUUUUCUAUGCAUGAAGUCACUGUUUGUGUUCAUGUCUGUUUAUUGAUCAAGUUCCCCCAAAGACUUUCCUGCUGAUUUACUUUACUGAAGCUGGUGAUCGUGACGCCCGCAGGUUGCUGUAUGAAUGUUUCGGUUGCACAGAUGCACCUUUCAACAGUAUUUCUUAAACUUAACGUGUUAAUGAUGUCCACUGGGUUGAUUCAGAUAAUAAUAAUAAUAAUAAUAAUAAUAAAUGUUUUGGUUGCUCUUCAGGCCGUUUCGUGGAAGCCAGAAGGAAUUGGAUUGCUUUAUGGACACACUUCAUUCGUUUGUGCCUCAAAUCUACAAUUGAUCAUUAAUAGUUUGAUUUGUGUAAAUACUUUUGUAAUUAAGACUGUACAAAUAUGUGAAAUGAUCCUGUACAAAAUUAAACUCACAGCUGCUUUAGGAGCUUUUACCCACA